ACUAAUAUCGCUAGUUUGAAAUGGCUUCUUCUAUGUCAGUUGUUAUUUUAUGUCCAAAUGGUAGGCGACAAACUGUCAAAGUGUCGCCCAACACAAGUUUAUUGCAGGUUUUGGAAGAAGCAUCGAAAAAACAAGGUUUUGAGGCGCAGCAGUAUGAACUUAAACACCAUAAUAAACGUUUAGACUUGAGCCUUAGUGUUCGUUUUGCCAAUCUUCCUAAUAACGGUCUUAUUGAAAUGUGCCCUGCUUCCAAGCCACGUACAGACGGUCUGGUUACUCUUGGAUUACAGACAGAAAUGGGAGAGAGACUGUUGCAUGACUUCCAGUCAUCCUUAUCUCUUUGGGACGUUAUUUCUUAUUGGAUAAAAGAAAGGGGUAAGAAUGUUGUCCAAGGUGGACCCACAGAAGGAGAGCCUAUAUGUGUGUAUAUGAGAAAAGAAGUUGCUGGUGAGGUGGCAUUGAAAAACACAACCCUUCAUAGUUUAGGGCUAACGAGUGGGAAAGCUAUAAUCAGGUUAAUGUACCGUCCUGUUGAGUCACUGAAGAGCCAAGCUCACGUCACAAAACCCCUCUCUCAUCCACAUGUACAAGACUUUCUGUCUGAUCAAUCAAAAAGUGACGACUGGGCAUCUACUAGUGUUGAAAAGAUAUCCGAAACCAGCUUGAGUCCAGAUUCAUUACACCAAGCUCUUCCCGAACCUACAGGACCUACUCAAGAAGAGUCAUCAAAUUCCUGUGUAGAAGUUCAAGAAUGCUCAAAUACUGCAUCCUCAGGGGAAGCCAAGAUGGAUACAUGUGAUACUGAAGACAUACCAGAUAGAGUGCAAAAUAAUCAACCCGCAGCCAGCAAUAUUCUAUCUGUUGAGGAAAUAGACAGAAACUAUCAGCCACUAGACAGUAUGGAGGCUGAGAAUGAAUUGGUGUUUGUAAGUUUUGUCUUUUUUAUCCAUGGCGAGUUAGAAAUUCUAAAGCAAAUAUCUUUCAACAAUGAAGUUUUUGACCUUUAACUUGUGAAAAUGUGUGCAUUAA